CACAAAUCAUCUCUUCAACAUGUAUUCAUACUGACACAGAGUCAAGCACUGGAAAAGCUUUGUUAGUCUGAAACAUGAUCUUCUCCAACAACUACUAACACCAGAGUGGCAACCAACAACCUUCCAGGAAAAAAAACCAAGCUUCAUAAAUACAGCCCACAUUUUGUUUGCUCUGACUGAGCAGCCACUCACCCAGACUGCAGGUGACCCAUAAGGACUCUGGUUUGCCUCUCUGCCUAGUUAAAAGAACUUCACACAGUUUUUCUAAGAAGUUAUAAAAUGUCUACUGAUGCUACGGAAGCAACAAAAGCCAAGAUGCCAGAUGAACUGGAGCCAACUAAAGGAAAGUCACAUGAUUCUGACAAGAAGGUCGACAAUAAGGUAACACUGAAUGGAAGUGACGGACACCAGGACAACCUCAUGACUGGACAGCCAAGCAACUCCAGAAACAAAGCAGCAACUAUUAUAUUCACACUGAAGAAUGAAGUUGGGGGACUUAUCAGAGCUCUGAAACUUUUCCAGGAAAAACACGUCCAUCUGGUUCAUAUUGAGUCUCGCAAGUCCAAACGGAGAGAUUCAGACUUUGAGAUCUUCAUCAACUGUGAUUCAGAGCAUGAACAACUGAAGGAGCUGACCGAGCUGCUGAGGACACACACCGAUAUAGUGGAAAUGACUCCAUCUGGAAACUCUUCUUUACUACAUGAUGGUUUGGAAUGCGUUCCCUGGUUUCCUACAAGGAUUUCAGAUUUGGAUCUGUGCGCCAACAGGGUUUUAAUGUACGGCUCUGAAUUAGAUGCAGAUCACCCGGGAUUUAAAGACCAAAUUUACCGUAAAAGGAGAAAGUAUUUUGCUGAUUUGGCUAUGAACUUCAAACAUGGUGAUCAGAUUCCUCGUAUCAACUACACGGCAGAGGAGGUGCAGACCUGGGGCGUGGUGUUUCAGGAGCUUAAUAAGCUGUAUCCCAGCCAUGCCUGCAAGGAGUAUCUGAAGAAUCUUCCUCUGUUGACCAGAUACUGUAAAUACAGUGAGAACAACAUCCCUCAGUUGGAGGAUGUGUCACGCUUCCUCAUGGAGCGCUCAGGUUUCAGCAUCCGGCCGGUGGCAGGCUACCUCUCUCCAAGAGAUUUCCUAGCAGGGCUCGCUUUCAGGGUGUUCCACUGCACUCAGUAUGUCCGUCAUAGCUCAGAGCCUUUGUACACACCUGAACCGGACACAUGCCAUGAGGUGUUGGGCCAUGUUCCUCUGCUGGCAGAACCCAGCUUCGCUCAAUUCUCCCAAGAGCUUGGUUUAGCAUCGCUUGGCGCUUCAGAUGAAGACGUGCAGAAACUUGCCACAUGUUAUUUCUUCACAGUGGAGUUCGGCCUGUGUAAGCAGGAUGGAAGCCUGAGAGCGUAUGGAGCUGGACUCCUCUCCUCCGCUAGUGAACUCAAGCAUGCUCUGUCUGGGGAGGCCAACAUCCGCCCGUUUGAUCCCGUGGUAACCUGCAACCAGGAGUGCAUGAUAACCACAUUCCAAGAUGUUUACUUUGUGGCUGAAAGUUUUGAAGAAGCCAAGAACAAAAUGAGGGAGUUCGCCAAAACCCUUAAGCGUCCAUUCACAGUAAACUACAACCCCUACACUCAGAGUGUGGAUGUUCUGAGGGACACCUCCAACAUCAACAACAUGGUGAAAGACAUCCGGCAUGAGCUGGACAUUGUUGAAGAUGCCUUGCGUCGUCUCGGCAAACUCCAGAGAGACUGAAGAGUCAAAGUAGCAAAAUAGAAGUCUGCAAACUAUUUAAAUGUGAUCGUUGGUUGUGCUCUGCCUCUUUUUAUGCUUGUGGACAUGAUGCUGCAUAUGCUAAAAUAGUCCAUUGAUGUUUUGUUAAGUUAUGAUAUGAGAUGUAAAAGGUGAAAAUGUCUGUAGAUUCACAAUGAAGAAAUUUGGCUGUUGAGCUUGUAAGCCUUCUGGUUAACAGAAGGCCAGGGUUAGGGUUAGCCUUCUGGUCAACAGAAGGCUUACAAGUACCAUCCUAUGGAAAACAGGAGGGUUCUAAUCCUGAAAUUCAAAAUGACUGCACUGAAAAUAUCUGUUUCGCGCAAAAUACAAACAACCCUACUUUAGUGAACAUGUUGCUGCAGUGUCUAAAAUAACAAAAUAGAAGAAAAUCCAUUGCUCACCAUCUGCAUUGCUAUUAGUAGAAUCCUUGACUUGAAGACCGCAUAAUUUGCACUUGUUCCUAAUUUACCUAGAAACACAGUUUUAUGUAGUCGGUCACUAACUUCUCUCAUUUUUGUUGCAGUUUGGAAUAUGAUUGAAUACAGUAGAGAUCACAUCCUUCCAUUAUGGCUUAAGAAGAUGUUAUCUUAGCUAAGUUAGCUUAGCUAAGUUUAUUUGGUAGCAUUACAUAUUAAACAGGAACAAAAAGGUCAUAACUUUCCUAAAAAGUGUUGGGAAGCUGGGGUUUGGGUUCUGUGUGGAUGUUUUGUUCAGAUCUUACAGGCGUCCACCAGAGGGAGCCAGGAGGUUUCUGCUCCUUGGAUGGUGGACCUGAGGAGCUAAUUACUCACACCUGCAAGUCAUCUGCUUCAUCAGCCAGAGGUUAAGAGGAGCCAGUUGCCAGUUCCCUGGUGCCUGAGAGUUAGAUAUACAUGGUGUUCACUGCGAUGUUCUGGAUUCUGCUCCCUGUGUUGGUUUCUCCUUGGGUUCUCAAGUCUCUCAGAACAUCUCUGGUUCAAAUCCCAUAACUGGCAACGUCCCGCUCCUCUUCCUCCAAGCCUGUGCUGCAUGACCUGUCUGCCCUCCAAUGAUAUUACCAUCCACCAACCUCCACCAGAUUGCUCCACAAACCCCCAUGCACAACUCCAGCUCAACAUCCGUACAAGGACUCGAACCCUGGAAUCCAAUGCACAAUCACUUACCCCCCUCUUGGCAGACUCCUCUCCACCAAUCAUUAUAUUGCCAUCUGUCCUGUUCGGCCUAAUCAGUCCACCAGUCGAUUCAGGGAGGCUGGCAGACCAAUCUCGAAGAUUCGUGUCCUUCAUCUAAAGAUUACUAAACAAUCAAUGAAUAAUGAAUGCAUAUCUUUUGCCAUGACAGAAACUUCAACCAGACUUCAUUUUGGGCUCUGUGGUUUUUAGCAGAUGGGCUUUUAGCUUUCUCCUUGCUUCAGUAGGAGUUUGUGAUUGGUUUACAAGCAGCACAAAAUAACUGCUUCAGUUUUAUUCAGAAUCCAAGAAGUCCCUUUGAUACUGGAACUAAUCGCAUCACAAAGCUGUUGCACUCUAUAUCCUUUUGCUCCUAAUUGGACUUCAGUGUUAGUCACAAUACGGUAAUUAAAACAUUGCUACAUUAGCUUAGCAUGUGCUCUGCCAGUAAACACAACACAGUGUUAUUACUUCAGAAAACCUUUAUUAGAAAAUACAACUACAUGGAUUGAAUUAAUUUAUAUUGACAUAUAUAAUGGGUAAAAAGAGGAAAUGAAAUCUGAAUGUCAUGCAAUUAUGUUUAUUUUGUGUAAAGGAAUUAAAUGUACACAUUAUAAUGCACUGCGACAGACUGGCAACCUGUCCAGGAUGUAGCCCGCCUCUUGCCCGGAACGUAGCUGGAGAUAGGCACCAGCAACCCUCCCGACCCCUCUAAGGGACAAGGGUGAACAGAAAAUGGAUGGAUGGAUGGACAUUAUAAUGCAAUUUAUUGUCAAACUAUGCUGAUUUCUCCAUCCAUCCAUCCAUCAUGCCCAGGUUAUUGAUGAUUGUUCAUAGAAAACACUGACCUUAGCUCCAUACUUUAUUGGUGCAUUGCAGACAGUUAAUAUUACAGAUACAUAAUGAGAUACAUGGUUUUCCUGAGCCAUAUUUAACUAAAGGCAGCUCUCUGUUUUACAAAGGCUGUUUCACUGAAGUUAAUCACUUAAAGUACCCAUAUUAUAAGGUUUAUGAAUGUAAGAUUAAAUUUACUGUUAUUUAAUUUAACUUUAAUUUUCUUUUAUUUAUUUUUUUUAAAUCAGAGUAGUUACAAGAGCUAGAGCAGCUACAUUUGUAUUAUAAUGUUUACAUACACACUCAUGUCAGUGAAUUAAAAUGAUGGUUUAUGUAUUUAUAAAAGCAGAGUACAUCUGUUAAGACAAUCUGUGGGGAUUAUCUAAACAAUACAAAUGAACACUGAAAGAGCUCCGGUAACCAUCUAGUCAGGAAAAUAUGGGCAUGUUUGGAAUCAUAAAUAUUAAGAUU